UUAUUUGUACAACGAUACACCAAAAUUACGCACAACAUACAAGUGUUCGGCCAUAUGAUUUAAAUAUCACAGAAUAUGUAUUAGAUUUACCAACAGAUUUAAGAAAUUUAGCACAACAAGCAUUACGUGCAGAAUGGAACCUAGCACAUGCAAGAAAAUGGAAUUCAGGUGUACAAUGUACACCAUUAAAUGAAUCAGAAACAGUACCAAUAUGUCCACCAAAUAAAUAUCGUUUACCAACUAGUGAGUGUAAUAAUAUACGACAUCGAAAAUGGGGUACCAGAGGGUCACCAUUUAUUCGAUUAAUGAAGCCACAAUAUUCAGAUGGUGUGACACAGCCACGACUUUCAGUGGGUACACAUGCGUUACCAAGUGCCUUAGAAGUAGCACGAGCUUUUUCACAGCCACGAGAAGAUCAUAUGUACGUAACAGCAUUACUUGGAUCAUGGGGUGAAUUUUUAAUGCGAGAUUUAGUACAAACAUCACACCCACAUCGCGUUCAAUGUUGUACAAGCUCGGGAGAUCAAGGCGAAUGUUUUGGUAAAAUUGAUGCAGAUGUUUGUGUUCAAUAUACACGAUCGGUACCAGCAUUGGAUGAAGAUACAUGCAACUAUGAAUAUCGUGAACAAAUGAACAUGGAGACUGGUUUCCUCGAUGGAUCUGAUUUAUAUGGAUCAACAGAAGAAGCUGUGCGAUCACUACGACUAUACGAUGCUGGUUUAGUAAAUAUAAGUGCAUGUAGUCGAUGCCACGUAAAUGCACUUUACUACACGUUAUUACAAGAACAUAAUCGUUUAGCUAUAAAUUUAGCACAAUUUAAUCAUCAUUGGGAUGAUGAACGUAUAUUUUAUGAAGCUAAACGAAUUCUAUCAGCUAUAAUUCAACAUAUCACAUACAAUGAAUUCUUAAUGACAGCAAUUGGUGAAAUAUCAAUGACCAAAGCAGAAUUAAGACCAUUAACUCGUGGACAUUUCUCAGGAUAUUCUAGUGCACAUAAAGCUGGUGUUUAUAAUGAAGUUGCAUUAACAGCAUUGCCAAUUUUCUUAUCAAUGAUACCUGACAAUUUGGCAAACAAAACAAUUAGUAAAAAUAAUGUACAUGAAAUGAUUGAAGCCCUAUCAAGACACGAAGCGCAUACACCAGGUUUAAGAGUGAAUGCUCAAAAUGAAUAUAUUGGACCAGUACUAUUACAUAUGGGUCGUGAUCAUGGUAUACCAUCCUAUCCAAAUAUACUUUCGAUAUGUUUUGACGAACAAAAUGUUGAAAAUCUUAGUUUUGAUGAUUUAUCGAAAUAUGGUAUUCCACGUGAAGGAAUCAAAUUACUGAAAAAACUUUACAGCCAUGUUCAAGAUAUUGAUUUACUUCCAGCAGCCUUAUUAGAAGAACCAGCACCUGGUGCUGUUUUAGGGCAAACUAUGUCAUGUCUAUUACAAAAACAAUUCAGUUUAAUUCGUUACGCUGAUCGAUUCUGGUAUGAAAAUGAUUUACCACCAAGUUCUUUUGAAAUCGAACAAUUAAAUGAAAUUCGAAAAGUUACAUUAGCUGGUAUUCUUUGUAAUAAUAUCGAAGGAUUAGAUAAAAUGCAACCAAAAGCAUUUGUAAAAGAGGAUAUUUACUUAAACGCAAGAAUCCGUUGUAAUCAACAUCCAAAGUUAGAUCUUAAACCUUGGAUUGAAGCAGAUCAUAUGACUGAAGUCACCGAAGAAAUGUUAAUGCAGGCAGUAGCGAAAGCUGAACAAGAAAUAUUGCAACGGCGUAAAAUGGAAUAUGAAUCGUGGGCAAAUAAUGGCGCAGUCGAUCCGAAAUCAUCAUACGGAACAGCAGCUUCCUUCAGUAAAGCCAAUAAAGGAGCUUUACAAAUUGCAAAUACUUCAUUGUUGUACGAAUUUGCAUCAAACGAAAUUUUAAAUUCGUUACAAAACUUAAGACGGCGAAAACGACAAUUAUUUGGCAACAGUGUUAUCACAACAGCAACAGCUACAUCUUUCGAUUUUACUGAAGGACUACAAAAUGUGGACGUAAACUCAUUCAUUGCACCCUCGGCUCUUGCAAUACUUGAUCCAGCAUGUGACGAUUCAAACCAUCCCUGUGAUCCUUCAACUCCAUUCAGAACUUUAACGGGGCACUGUAAUAAUUUACAAAAUCCAGCACUUGGUAGAAGUCUAACAACAUUUGCGCGUUUAUUACCACCUGUGUACGAAAAUGGAAUAUCCUCACCAAGAGUCACUGGUGUGACUGGAGCACCGUUACCAUCACCUCGCGUUGUCUCAGCAUUAAUCCAUCCGGACAUUAGUAAUUUACAUACAAGAUAUACAUUAAUGGUCAUGCAAUUUGCUCAGUUUGUAGAUCAUGAUUUGACGAUGACACCAAUUCAUAAAGGUUUCCAUGAAUCAAUUCCAGAUUGUAGACCAUGUGAUUCUCCAAGAACUGUCCAUCCUGAAUGUAAUCCAUUUCCAGUACCACCCCGCGAUCACUAUUAUCCUGAAAUUAAUGUUACCAGUGGUGAACGAAUGUGUUUCCCAUUCAUGAGAUCUUUACCUGGACAACAACGAUUAGGUCCUCGAGAACAAUUAAAUCAAAAUACAGCAUUUUUAGAUGCUUCACACGUUUAUGGUGAAAAUGAUUGUGUUCUACGUGAUUUAAAGGGAUUCAAUGGUCGAUUGAAUUCUACGUUAGGUGUUGUAAAAGGAAAAGAAUUAUUACCUCAAUCUCCAGUACAUCCAGAAUGUAAAUCGAAGUCCGGUUACUGUUUCAUUGCUGGUGACGGUCGAGCCUCUGAACAACCAGGUCUUACUACUAUUCACACAAUUUUCAUGAGAGAACAUAACCGACUUGUAGAAGGUUUGCGUGGAGUGAAUCCACAUUGGGAUGGAGAAAAAUUAUUUGAACAUGCUCGUCGAAUUCUUAGCGCAAUAAAUCAACAUAUUACCUACAAUGAAUUUUUACCCCGUAUUUUGAGUUGGAAUGCAGUCAAUUUAUAUGGAUUAAAAUUAUUGCCACAAGGAUAUUAUAAAGAAUAUAAUCCUUCAUGUAAUCCAUCAAUUGUCAAUGAAUUUGCCGCAGCCGCAUAUCGUAUUGGUCAUUCUUUAUUACGACCACAUAUUCCUCGAAUGAGUCCCAGCUAUCAAGUUAUCGAUCCACCAAUAUUGCUACGAGAUGGUUUCUUCAAAAUGGAUAUGUUUAUUCAACAGCCACAUUUAAUUGAUGAAAUCUCUCGUGGAUUAGUAUCAACACCUAUGGAAUCUUUAGAUCAAUUUAUUACUGGAGAAGUUACAAAUCAUCUCUUCGAAGAUAGACGUAUUCCGUUUUCAGGAAUUGAUUUAAUUGCUUUAAAUAUCCAAAGAGGACGUGAUCAUGGAAUUCCAUCUUAUAACAACUAUCGUGCAUUGUGUAAUUUAAAACGGGCUGCAACAUUUGAAGAUUUAGCUCGAGAAAUUCCAACAGAAGUAAUUGCACGAUUCAAACGUAUUUAUGCCACCGUUGAUGAUAUUGACUUGUUCUCGGGUGGUAUGAGCGAACGACCACUUCAAGGUGGUUUGGUUGGGCCCACAUUUGCUUGUAUUAUUGCAAUUCAAUUUAGACAACUUAGAAAGUGCGAUCGAUUCUGGUAUGAAAAUGAAGAUCCUGUAGUCAGAUUUACUGAAGCCCAACUAGCAGAAAUCAGAAAGAUUACUUUAGCAAAAGUAAUUUGUGAUAAUUUGGAUGCCAACGGUGAUAUUCAGAGAGCAGCAUUUGAUUUACCAUCAGGAUUCUUAAAUCCUCGCGUCCCAUGUCAAUCACAGCCUUCUAUUGAUUUAGGUGCAUGGCGCGAAAGUAGUGGUUCAGCCGGAUGUUUCAUUUCCGAUCACCAUGUUGCUAUUGGUGAAAGUGCGUUCCCAUCUCCAUGUACAAGCUGUGUGUGUACGAAUGAAGGAGCCCAAUGUGCAAGUUUAAGAAUAACAGACUGUUCACAAUUGCUACGUGAAUGGUCACGUGAUGCAAUCUUACGAGAUGAUGUAUGUACAGCUCAGUGUGGUUUCUUACUACGAGAUUCAAAUCCAACAGCGUCAAUAAGAACUCAACGCGGCCAUCCAAUUAUACCAGAUUUAGUGCCACCACCUCCAAGUAGAGCCAUCAAAUCACGUCAUGUAACUUCAACAUUCACCGCCGGAUUCAAUUUCCCAGAUCUUUCAGAGUUCAUUGGUUAAGUUAAUGAUUUUGUACCUAUUUUAAAAAACAGUACCUCCAAAAACAAAAAGUGCUAAUUUAAAA